GUGACCCAGCUGCGCUCUCCCGGUUCCCAGCCGGGAUUCUCCACCCCGCUGGGUGGGAUCUCCCCGUUCCCCUUAAAGGGCAGCGGGCGGCAGGGCUCAGCUGCCCCCACGAGUCGUUCGGAGGGACAGAUGUUGCUGUGCUUGGCGUGACGUGGCUCUCGUCGUUCGUUCCAUGGCAGAACUUGAAGCCAGAGAAGCCUGUGCCUGGCUGCGGGCCGCCGGCUUUCCCCAGUAUGCCCAGCUGUUUGAAGAUAUGCAGUUUCCUAUUGACAUAAGGACUGUGAGGAAAGACCAUGAAUUUUUAGAUGGAGAUGCAAUCGAAUCACUGUUCAGACGGCUGAACACGUUGAAUAAGUGUGCAUUGAUGGAAGUGGAAAUAAACUGUCAGAGGACCCAGAGCGACGACUCCGAUGAUGAUGAACCUUGUGCAAUAAGUAAUAAAUGGGCGUAUGAGCGGUGCAGCCAGAAGUGGUUUCGCCUUGAGAGCCUAGAAGGUUCUACAGAAGGUGCUGGUGCAUCCCUCCCAGGCAGCCCAAUGCUGAAGAGCACUGGUAAUGAAAACAGAGUCCUUUUGGACCAUGGUGACAAACACGAUACGUCAUCAAUUCAUAGCACUAGCAGCGGUGACAGUGAUGCCGUUAGCUCCCCAAAGUCUUUUGAAGACAUGGAAGCCAGCCCGAAUUCUUGCAGUAAAGUUGCUUCACUGGAAUCUGCCUUUAAUUGCUCACUUCCCCCCAGUUUAAAUGCCACCAAUGAGAAGAAGCUUUGGGAUAAGUCACCGUACAAAAAGAGGAAGAGCCUUCUAAAGAAAAUGGAGAAGUUGCACUUAAGGAGCAGCAACUUAAGGAGUGGUCAGUCAAAGGCCAAACCCAUCAUAAGUGAACCUUUCCUUCUGGAAGGACUUAAUGAGGAGAAGAUGAAGAUGCUUAACUGUGUAAAUAUCGCUGACCUCCCUGGCAUCCAAACAAAGAACAAUUCUUCCUGUUCUCCUAGCUGCAUAAGAAACAAUAAGUUUGAAAACAGAACGGUGAGCACUGCCCGUCCUCUUAAAAAACCAGAAAGCUGCUGUGAAAGAAAGGGGAGGUGUGCUGAGGACUUGGGCAAAUGCCUGCUGUGGAGUGAUGCAUCUCAGGGAAACCUAAACAAUGAAGUAGAGUUGCAAACAAACCAGAUGUUUCAAGUACCACACGGCCACAAACCUGGCACUUUCCCCAAAGCCCUCAUGAAAAGUCCUGUGUCUCCAGGAGAUGACUCUCCUGUCAGCUGGAGAACUGGCUGUGGAGGGAGCCGGAGCAGAAGCAAGACCAAGGACUCCAAAGCCCCCAGCAGCCCCAUCUCACGCGCAGAUAACAGGCUGAGUGUGUAUGACAACAUGCCUAAUGUUGAAUUUGAUAAGCUGGAAGCAGCAGAAGUUGGAGAUGAUGAUGUUUUUUCAGAACUGAACAGUGUUAUAGAAGAUGUCAAGGGUCUCAGAAAGCUGGUUGAUCAGUGGACAGAGAAGUUCUCAGAUGAUGGGUAUUUGGACUUACCCAGUGACUUAACGUCUCUGUAUCCGUCCUUACCUAAAGAAAUCUCUCUUGACACAGAGCACUCAGAAGUUAAGAGAGCAGCUGUGCUGUCCUCUGAGGGAGAGGACAGCUGUGAGCUGGGCAAGGAGCUCAGCUCUACAGACCUGGUGUUCAUAACAGACCCUACAAAGACCAACAGGCACAGGAAGCAGUGUGGGUCUGUGGAAGACAGCAGGAUCGUGGAAGGCUUUUCCACACAGGCUGACAGUCCAUCGGCCACCCAGCUGGCCCGGGCACAGAAGCUGGCACUGCUGAAACUCACUGCUGUCAUGGACAGAUACUCCCCUUCCAGUAAGCAGGGCUGGAACUGGACUAUACCAAAAUCAAAAAAAAUAAACACCUCUGACUACAAGGACAAAAAUGUCUUUGGGGUCCCCUUGCUGCUGAACGUUCAGCGAACAAACCACCCGCUGCCUAUCGGCAUCCUGCAGGCACUGGAUUAUUUAAGAAGCCACUUCCUUGACCAGGUUGGCCUGUUCCGCAAAUCUGGUGUUAGAUCCAGGAUCCUGUCCUUAAGAGAAAUGAAUGAAACCAGGUCGAACAGUGUGUGCUACGAAGGGCAGUCAGCCUUUGAUGUGGCAGAUAUGGUGAAGCAGUAUUUCCGAGACCUUCCUGAGCCCAUAUUUACCAGCAGGCUCUGUGAAUCCUUCCUCCACAUCUACCAAUAUGUGCCGAAGGACCAGCAACUGCAGGCUGUCCAGGCUGCCAUUCUCCUCCUGCCUAAGGAGAACCGGGAAGCCUUGAAAAUUCUCCUCUUCUUCCUACGAGAUGUGGUCGCGUGUGUUGAGGAAAACCAAAUGACCCCAACCAACAUUGCUGUCUGUCUCGCCCCAUCGCUGUUUCACCUCAACACCCUCAGACGGGACAGUUCCUCCUCCUCCACUCGAUCAAGCCAGAGGAAAUGCAGCCUGGGGAAGCCGGACCAGAAGGAGCUGAGCGACAACCUGGCAGCCACGCAGGGCUUGGCCCACAUGAUAACAGAAUGCAACAGGCUCUUCCAGACUGAUUUCCCAGCUUGACCUCGGCCCUUCCUUGUUAUUAUGGACUUUGCUAGCACUUACUGGACUGGGACUCACGCUGUCUACUAUCACCGAUUCUGAGCCUGCCCUGUUGGCUGCUGCCCCACCUCCUGGCUCACUUAGCACUCCUCACCACGGAUGUGCCUGAUGAUCUGCACUUGGGGCUGACCCUGUUUUCCACUGUUGUCUGCCACUCUCUCAGGUACUGGGGGGCAGGGUGGCUUCUCCUGCAGCCUUAUCACAACUGAUUCGCAGCCCCCUUAUCCCAGGGAGCUCUUGGUGCAUCCCAUUAUUCAGCUCUGCUCUUCUUUCUUGCACAUGGCUCUUAGCAGUAUGGAGCUGCCUCCCUCACCCUUCCCCAGUGAGCCCUGAAGCCCACUGCAGGGGUGGGGUGUUCUAAACUCCCUCAUGGCUCUCAGCCUGAGCAUUACUGCCUGCCCCAGAGCUACUCUUGGGCCAGCAGCCAUCCUGCACCAUCCUGCUAUGAGUGGAGCACAGUAAGGGGCUGUGACAACAUCCUCUGCCCUUCUGGGGGAGGGACCUGGUGCUGGCACUUGAGGACAGCUGAGACAGGGUUGCUCCCCUUCCUGAUGGUGACC